UCCGCCGCGGCCUCACGCAGCGCCGCGGGCCGCGGACAGCCGCGCCUCUGGGUGAUGUGCGAGCACCAUUGAUGCGCUCCCGCCCACUGAGGCUCACCUCCUGAUACUGGGCGGUCAACACAAAACACGAGGAGCAUCAUGGCGGCGAGGGCGUCGGUGUGUUUGGUGCUGCUUGGUCUGCUUGGACUGAGUGCCGCCGCAGACCUCCACAACAGCCUCAUUAACUCCUCCACGCUGGAGGUGAACGAGCCCAGGCGGGAGGACAAGGAGCGCAAGAUCAAGACGGCGCGGCCGCGGGACCCGCUAGUGGUGCACACCAACACAGGCUUGGUGCGGGGCUUCAGGAGGAACGUGCUCGGCAAAAACGUGGACACCUUCUACGGUAUCCCCUUCGCCCAGCCCCCCGUGGGGGAACUCCGCUACAAGAAACCCGUGCCGGUGACGCCGUGGGCAGGCAUUCUGGAGGCUACCAAGUUGCCCAACUCGUGCGUACAGGAGCCCUUCACUUACUUCCCGGGCUUCCACGGCGAGGAGAUGUGGAACCCCAACACGGAUCUCUCUGAGGACUGCCUCUACCUCAACAUCUGGGCCCCCGCCCACCUGCGGGAGUCCGGCGCCCGCCCAUCCGAGGUACUGGUGUGGAUCUACGGCGGCGGCUACAUGGGCGGUACCACCACGCUGGAAGUGUACGACGCCGACCUGCUGGUGGCCAACACCGACAUGAUCAUCACCUCCAUGCAGUACCGCUGCGGCGCGUUCGGCUACCUCUAUCUCAAGAUGGAGGACGCCCCGGGCAAUGUAGGCAUGUACGAUCAGGCGCUGGCCAUCAAGUGGAUCCGCAACAACAUUGAGUUCUUCGGCGGCGAUCCAGACCGCAUCACGCUGUUCGGGGAGUCGGCGGGCGCGGGCUCCAUCGCCGUGCACCUACUGUCGCCGAUCUCCAGCCACCUGUUCCAACGCGCCAUCCUGCAGUCCGGCGUGGUCAACUCCCCGUGGUCCAUCAUGACGCGGGAAAAGGCAUACGACAUCGCCGUCAAGCUGGUGGAGGACGUGGGCUGCAACGCCACGCUGGUCACCGAGGACCCCGGCACCGUGAUGUCCUGCAUGCGCACCGUGGACGCUGCCACCAUCUCGCUGGCGCAGUGGAAUAGUUACCUCGGCCUCAUGCAGUUCCCUUCCACGCCCAUUGUGGACGGCGAAUUCCUGCCGGACGAGCCUCUCGAUAUGAUCCGCCGAGGAGAGGUCAAGAAGACGGAGAUUCUCAUUGGCUCAAACCUGGAUGAGGGCACCUAUUUUAUGCUGUACGACUUCCUGAGUUACUUCGACAAGGAUGAGUCAACGGCGCUCACACGGGAACAGUUCCUUGAGAUCCUGAACCAGAUUUUCAAGGACUGGUCACCAGCGGAGCGAGAGUCGAUCAUAUUCCAAUACACCAACUGGGACAACCCGGACGAUGGACGUGCUAAUGAGAAGGCGGCUGGGGAGGUGGUAGGCGAUUAUUUCUUCGUGUGUCCCUCCAACCUAUUUGCCCAACUGUAUGCAGACGCUGGCGGAAAAGUUUACUACUACUACUUCAACCACAGGACCACUAACCACCCUUGGGGAGAGUGGAUGGGUGUGCUGCACGGAGACGAGAUCGACUACGUGUUCGGGCUGCCACUCAACCAGUCCCUCAGCUACACGGCCGCCGAGAAGGAUUUGUCUCAAAGGAUAAUGCGGCACUACAAGUUCUUUGCAGCCACGGGCCGUCCUGUGUCCCGGGAGGGCGAGUGGCCGCUGUAUACAAGCCGCGGUCAGCAGUACUAUGUGUGGGGGACUAAUGAGUCGUGGCCGCAGAUCGGGAGAGGACCCAGAACCACAGCUUGCGCCUUCUGGAAUGAACUGAUGCCCAUUCUAAGGGAGACUCAAGGGGGCAGGAUGUGUGACAGUAAGAUGAUGAAGGCUCUCAACAACGCCUCUCCAACUCUCCUUCGCCUCUCCCCCAUCCUCCUCCUCGUCACUCUCCUCUUGGCGCCGCCCCGCCUCUUCUAAAUACACACGCGCGCGCGCUACUUUGACACGCAUACGCAUUCCACUUACAGACACGCGCUUAAAUCACACAAACACACACACACACACACACACACACACACACACACACACACACACACACACACACACACACACACACACACACACACACACACACACACACACACACGCAUACACUGUAUAUUUUGUAAUUAGAAGAGAUUUUUGCGGCAAGGAAUGGAAGAGAGGAAGCAAGGAAGGGAGAAAAGAAGGAAGGAAGGAAGGCAUGCCGGUUGUCGGGGUGGCGUGGCGUCGCCCGGAGAGGCAAUGACCACACAGAAGCUGACCUGAUUCACCUUCUUCCCGGCGCACGCGACUCGGAAAUACCACAUAAAACUGCGAGCGACCAGCGCUGCACCAGGAGUGAAAUUGCUCGUCAGGGACUUGUGUAAACAUUGGAGGGAGAGAGAAAGAAAAAUAGAGAGGGAGAGAGAACUGGAGAAAACGAAAAAAAAAAAAAAUGGCUGAAACAUUGAAGCAAUUUUUAUUUUGAUAAACGCCGCUGCAGUGGUCGGCUCAAGUGUAAACACUAGCGAAGCGGCGUAAUGGGAACAAACACGGACCUGAAAAAUGAUCAACGCAUUUGGCACAGUUUGCCGAUGCUUGUAAACAUUGUUGUAGUGAGGUGAGUGUUGACGCUGGAUGAACGGACGAAGGGAGAAAAGGAACUGCUGAUUGAAGGGCAGCGGCAAAUAGCGGUUGCCAGAUAAGGAAUAUAUUCUCAUUCAAUAAAAACGUCAUCCUUAUUACACAAGUCCUGAGAGAUGGAAGGUUCUCUGUACAGGCUCCUAGUGGAACUCGGUGGCGCGAAGUCACUGCCCAACACGGAGCCGCUGAGGUCUGCUGUCGCUACAUUAUAGGAAGGACCAACGACUUGAGGCCCUGGUAGGAGGCAAGAAACACCCUCCUGAGGCGACGCCUUGGAGAUCCGAGAGCAGGGCCUUAGUGCAGGUGUCGCAGGUGCUUCGGGGGAGUCACCUGCAGCCACCCGCCGCCACCCACCCUCGAGUCCCGGCAGGAGUUGAAACACGCAGUCUUACCUGAAACACAGCAUCCCCGACACUCACACUCAGCCUGAAACACACACAGAGGGUAAACAAACACACGCAGAUAUGUUAUUUGCCUUAAAACAAAAGCAAACACAAUUCUGUUCAACACGAGAACGGGCACUGGUGUUACUGUAAGCGAUAGACGCGUUAUUGAGCUCGGAACGGAAGCAACAUAGUUCAAAUAUUGAUCUAAAACAAAAUAUAUAUCCAAGAAAAC